AUGGCCUCAGCUUUCCUGUCCUGUGUUGCCCUCUGUAUAAUUUGUCCGGUCUUCUUGGUGACUGCCUUGCCCCUUACUGAACCACCCUUGAUCCAUGGCCAUCCCUUUGUGGCCAUAUGGAAUGCUCCCACUGAUGAAUGCAAACAGCUGGAAAUCCCACUGGACACAGCUGCCUUCCAGGCUGUGACUACUCCUGCAGCUCUUCCAGGUCAGUUUCUAACCAUCUUUUAUGAAGACCGCCUCGGCCUUUACCCAAAAGUUGACAUCACUAAGCGCCGACGCUACAAAGGUGGUGUCCCCCAAAAUGGCAAUUUAACAGAGCAUCUUGCCAAGGCACAACGACAAAUAAAUAAUUACAUCUCUCAAGAUUCAUCUCCUGGACUGGUUGUGAUUGACUGGGAGUCCUGGCGCCCUCUAUGGGACCUGAACUGGGGAUCCAAACGUAUUUAUCAGAAAUUGUCCAUAGCUCAUGCUCUGCAAAUGGCGCCAUUUUUGACAUCAAAGCAAAUUUCUAAAUUGGCAAAGAACCAAUUUGAGCUUGCCGGGCGUCGCUUCAUGGAGAAAACAAUCAGUCUUGGCAUUGGCAAUCGCCCAAGUCGUCGCUGGGGCUUCUACCUUUUUCCUGAUUGCUACAACUAUGGAUGGGGUAAUGCAAACUACUCAGGGAGGUGCUCCAAAGGUACUGUGAAGCAGAACAAUAAGAUGAUGUGGCUGUGGCAACGAAGCACUGCGCUUUUUCCUUCUGUCUACCUCCACAUGUCUCUGAGGAACUCACCCCGGGUGGCACUUUAUGUCCGUAAUCGUGUUCAGGAGGCACUGAGGGUGGCAGCACUGCCUAAACGUCCCUACACUGUGCCGAUCUACAUCUACUCAAGACCUCUCUACAGGGAUCAGACUGAACAGUUUGAGACUCAGACAGAUCUUGUGAAUACUGUUGGAGAAUCUGCAGCCUUGGGAGCAUCUGGAGUCAUUAUGUGGGGAGGAAGUAAAGAUUAUAACAACAAGGCUACCUGCCAAUCUCUGUCUGAGUUCCUGACCUCCACCUUCAACCCUUACAUCGCCAACGUGACGGCUGCUGCCAUGCUCUGCAGUGAGGUCUUAUGCCAGGGAAAUGGCCGCUGUGUGAGGAAGAACUACAACUCUUCAAACUAUCUACACCUGAACCCCAUCUACUUCCACAUUCUUCGGGCUGGUGGGAAGUACGUAGCUGUCGGUCUGCCGUCCGCCAGUGAUCUGAAAGCCUGGGCUGAGAACUUCACCUGUCAGUGCUACGCUGGGUGGCGCUGCUCCCCCAAGUUGCAGCAACCAACCAGCAUUAAAGUUAUCACUGUUUAAUCUGUGAAGGAAGUAAAACUCUCUUAAAUCUGA